UAUCCACAAUCCUAAAGCUAAAAGCUUCUUUGGUUCUUUUUACUCAAAUUUCAAAACGCUUUUUUUUUUUUGCGAUUUAACGUAAUCCAUUUUUAUCUGCUGCUACAAAUUUGGGUCUUUUUUUGUUGAUUUGGAUAAAAUCAUAAUCUCCUCUUCGAUUUUUGUAUCGGUCUUUUUGUGAAAUGGAAGUUUCAGUGAUUGGAAAUCCUCAAGCGAGGAUCUGCAGAGCAGAAUUAGCUUACAGAGAGCUCGGCUUUAGAUUUGGCUCCGAUGUCAUCUCCGGUGAAUCGAGAAACAGGGUUAGUUUCUGCAACCAAAGCUCUAAAUGGAAGGAGAUCGCGAUUCGUUGCUCUUCGAGAUCUGUCAAAUGUGAAGCCAUCGUCUCCGAUGACGCUCAUCCGUUUCUCAAUUCCGCCCCAAAAUCUAAAUCGCUCGAGAGUGUGAAAUUAUUUGUUGGGCUUCCACUAGACACAGUUUCAGACUGCAACAACGUGAAUCACUUGAAAGCCAUCACAGCUGGGCUCAAAGCUUUGAAGCUACUUGGUGUUGAAGGCAUUGAGUUACCAAUCUUUUGGGGAGUUGUUGAGAAGGAAGCAGCUGGGAGAUAUGAAUGGUCAGGGUACUUGGCAGUAGCUGAGAUUGUUAAGAAAGUGGGACUUAAGCUUCAUGCUUCACUCUCUUUCCACGGAUCGAAACAUCCGGAGAUAGGUCUUCCUGAUUGGGUGGCAAAGAUCGGUGAAGCUGAAUCUGGGAUCUAUUUUACAGAUAGAUAUGGACAACAGUACAAAGAUUGUUUGUCGUUUGCAGUUGAUGAUGUUCCUGUUCUUCAUGGGAAGACUCCUAUGGAGGUGUACAGAGGUUUCUGCGAUAGCUUCAAGUCUGCUUUCUCAGAUUACAUGGGCAACACAAUCACGGGAAUCACAUUAGGUUUGGGACCAGACGGCGAGCUAAAAUAUCCUUCUCAUCAACACAACGCCAAGCUCUCUGGCGCGGGAGAAUUCCAGUGUUACGACAAACACAUGCUUUCCGCUCUCAAAGGCUACGCUGAAUCCACUGGAAACCCUCUUUGGGGUCUCGGUGGUCCACACGAUGCUCCUGCUUAUGAUCAACAGCCUAAUUCCUCUUCAUUCUUCUCAGACGGCGGGUCCUGGGAAUCUCAGUAUGGCGAUUUCUUCUUGUCUUGGUAUUCGUCUCUUCUCACCUCCCACGCAGACCGAGUCCUCUCAGUUGCUUCAUCUGCAUUUAGCGGGAUUGAAGUGCCUCUAUGUGGGAAGCUACCUCUCUUACACCAAUGGCACAAGCUAAGAUCUCGGCCUUCUGAGUUAACAGCUGGAUUCUACAGCUCUAAUGGUCAGGACAGGUACGAGGCUAUCGCAGAGAUCUUUGCAAAGAACUCUUGUAGAAUGAUGAUACCGGGAAUGGAUCUAUCCGACGAGCAUCAAUCACCUGAAUCUCUCUCGAGCCCCGAGUCAUUAGUUGCUCACAUCAAAACAUCCUGCAAGAAACAAGGAGUCGUUGUUUCAGGGCAAAACUCGUCCACCCCGGUGCCUGGUGGGUUUGAGAGGAUCGUUGAGAAUCUGAAGGAUGAGAAUGUAGGAAUUGAUCUGUUCACUUACCAGAGAAUGGGAGCACUCUUCUUCUCUCCAGAGCAUUUCCAUGCAUUCACAGUCUUUGUCCGGAACCUGAGCCAGUUCGAGUUGUCCUCAGACGAUCAUGCAACAGAGGUUGAGGCCGAGACAGUGAGCAUAGGUUCAGGCACUGGUGCACCUAGUUUGCAAACCGCAUAAUGAAAUGCAAAAUCAUAUUUUUAUGUAAAUAAGAAAAGUCUCCUGUUGUU